UCCCGCCCCCAGCUGCCCACGGCUCCAGUUAUCACAGCUCGCUUGCGGUCCGGAAGCUACCCCUUCUCGGGGGUCAUGAUGGGCAGCAAGAUGGCGUCUGCCAGCAGGGUCGUCCAGGUAGUCAAGCCGCACGCUCCAUUAAUACGAUUUCCUGACAGAAGAGAUAAUCCUAAACCCAAUGUAUCAGAAGCUUUGAGAUCAGCAGGACUACCAUCUCACUCUUCUACAAUUUCCCAGCAUUCGAAGGGAAGUAAAUCACCAGAUUUGCUGAUGUAUCAGGGUCCACCAGACACUGCAGAAAUAAUUAAAACAUUACCUCAGAAAUACAGAAGGAAACUUGUGUCUCAAGAAGAAAUUGAAUAUAUCCAACGUGGAGGUCCAGAGUAAUCACUAGGGCUGCUGUUUGUCAUCAGACAAAAGAAUUACCUUUACAAUAAAUGACUUCCAAAAUGAAAAAGGAGAAAUUGUAUAUUGAACAACUUUAAUAAAUAUUGUGUAAAAAAAAAGAUAUAGAAAAUUUAGAUGGAUACUUGUAGCUCCUAAUUUAUGUAUUUUGGUCAGCUUCUCCAUAAGCUUACCUAAAUGUUUAUAUACUUUAUACUUAUUAAAGUAUACAUUUGUAAAUGUUA